CACUGAUAAAGUUAUCCAUACCGGUGAAACCCUUGCUGGAAUGCAGAGUUGUCGAAAAAAGACCAUUCAACGGGAAUGGCCGUCAAAUAAAAACGAAUUCUAUCAAGGCGGCAAAUUUUUCAGACGAUAUUCAGUUCCUGUCAGGGCGCGCGCUUGGAAUAUUUGGCUUGCGGCUUCCAGGCUGUCGCUGAUCCUCUUGACGAGUCGAAACAGGUGGCGUCGAGGCGGGCCGUGACGGCAUGCCGUGACAUUGCGAUGCUGUGACAGACUGUGCAAUGACGUCAUCUAUCGUUCCGCUUGACUCCAGUCUGGAUUCUCUUGUCCUUCUACUCUCAUCAUCCGUUGAAUCCGUUGCAAUGCCCUCUAUAACCGACUUACCCGUAGAGCUCUUCUUGGAUAGUUUACUGCCAUUACUUCCAGUCAACGAUCUCGCUCAUCUGGCCACAACUUGCAAGUUCUUUGCUGUGCUUGCAUCCGAUAGUACUUUUUGGAAACUCAAAUGUCAAUCCGACUUCAAUUUUUCUGGGGCUGGAACUGCUCGAACAAGCGGCUGGAAGUUUAUUUAUUCACGUCUGUCCAAACCACGCGUUUUCGUUUGGGGAGCAAAAUCCCAUGGGAGACUCGGGUUGUCAACACUGCCUAAAACCUCGCUUAAUGAUGUACCUUUUCCGACUGAGCUGAAAAUACCUGGCGCCCGUAUCGUCAGCCUCGUCGCAGCAGGAAUGUCGUUUCACGCUUUGGAUUCAAAGGGGAACAUUUUUGUUUGGGGUACUCUUGACGGACUUCACCGUGCCCUGACUAGUGAUGGUUUUUCUGAGGCAGGCAAGCAAGCAGGACACCCGUUGAGACUGCAUUUACCAGUUUCAAUGCGCAGCAUCAGCUGCGGGAGACUGCAUGCGGCGUCUUUGGAUUCUCAAGGCUACGUUUGGAACUUCCUCAAUUGGGGGCGACCAUUCCGAUUAACGUCGCUUCGUCUCAAGACUUUGGAUUCCUAUCCAAUUCAGGUUGAGUGUGGGUGGAAUUUUUCAUCUGCUUUGACGAAAACCGGCGACAUCUUUGUUUGGUGGCCAUUCUCGGGCUCCAUGGAAAGACAUAUCGUAGACAGGAAUUCGGCGAUGGAUGACGCCGGCGAUAAGAAAGCCCAUGCCUCAAGCGAUGGUGUCAUUGCUUGUGUGCCUUGGGUCCUUGAUAUGGAUCCCGUCGCUUUGCCUUCAUUGCCCCCUCUUCCCGUCUUGAAUACCUCUGCAGAAGGAGACACCGAUGAACCCAUCAAAAUCAUACAAAUAGCAUCGUAUGACCGGCAUCUUGUUGCUCUUACGACGAAAGGACAUGUCCUCAAGUUUGGCUCCCUAGAAGACGAAACAACCGUAGUUCGUGGCCGAUGGGAAUAUUUACCAAGGUACAGCGAAGUCGAAAGAGUCCGACUGCAUGGGGCAUUUUCUUCGACCGGUGGUUCAGUGGAGCCUCCGGCAACAAUGAAGAUCACACAUAUAUCCGCCCACUUCAAACACUUCAUCGCCUAUUCCACCGGUUCUAGUUCAAUCGUUCUUAUGGGAGGCAUCGACACUACGCCCGAUUCCGAGCCCCAAAUCAUCCCUGCUCUUCAGAAUAAAUCUGUCAUAUCCGUUGUGCUCGGAGACUAUCAUCAAGCGGCAGUAACGGCGGCCGGCAAACUGUUAACUUGGGGCGCAUACUCCGAUGGAGCUCUCGGACUAGGAGAUCCUUGCAGGCUCGAGGCUGGUCGUCCAGGUGCAUUCCAGACUGAGAAUGCGCGCCUUAUGGCUCUAGACAGAGGAAGAGGUACUCCCGCGGUCGUACAAGUUCCCACUGAAGUACGGUUCGAUCAUGGCAGGAAAAAACCGAAGGACAGGUUUUGUCUUUCGGCCGCAGCUUCUGGAUGGCAUUCCGGGGCACUGAUCAUUGACCUUGAGGAGAAUAUGAAUGACGCGGACAGUGAUGCCGAGAAAGAGGAACUUGUAAGGCAACCCCCAACGACGGCGCGUCGCCACUCUACACCGCCAAUCAUCCCUCAAAAUCCCGGCGAUCCCUUUAUCGGUCGUGGCACUCCUUUCUUCAGGAUCGGUUUUGCCGGUAGGGGAAUGAACCGGGGGGGACCAGGUCACGGACGGGGAGGUUCUUGAGAUAUAUAGAUAUAGCCUGGGUACCGUGUAGGUGUUGUAUAGUUUUCAGAAUGUAUUAUAGUGUUCGUCGCCAGAGUACAACCUAUCAUAAUUGAUAGCUUUAGUUACAAUUCUGACCCUAUUCUUUAAGUAUCUACGGCUCUAUAGCCUGAGGUAGAAGCUUGUAUAAUGGCCUGAUGGUCUAGUAGUAUGAUUCC